GCACCAAAUUUCUCACAAAAGAGGACAUUCACAGCAGCAAAACCCUUCCCUGUUGCUCAAUAUGGAGGCCGCUUCACAGUUACUAUGGUACCUGGAGAUGGAAUUGGACCAGAAAUGAUGGGUUAUGUUCAGAAUAUAUUCAGAUAUGCUGGUGUACCUGUAGAUUUUGAAGAAAUUCAGUUAACCAAGGAUUCAUCUGAUGAAGAUUUUGUUGAUGCAUUGAUUUGCAUUAAAAGAAAUGGAGUAGCCCUUAAAGGUUAAGCAAGUAUAUGGCGCAACAUUUCUACUUUGUCACGCAAUGUUGCUCUCAGGACUGAACUAGACCUCUUUGCAAAUGUCUUACAUUGCAAAUCUUAUCCUGGUGUGCGUUCAAAAUACAGGGAUGUUGACAUUAUUUUGGUCCGCCAGAAUACUGAAGGAGAGUAUUCCAUGUUGGAGCAUGAGAAUGUGAAAGGUGUGGUUGAGUGUAUGAAAGUCAUCACAAGAAGUCAGUCUGAAAGACUUGCGAAGUAUGCCUUUGACUAUGCUGUGAAAAAUGGACGUAAGAAAGUCACCAUAGUCCACAAGGCAAAUAUCAUGAAGUUAUCAGAUGGACUGUUUCUGCAAACUUGCAGAGAUGUUGCCCAAAACUAUCCUGAUAUAGAGUACAAUGAUAUGAUUGUCGAUAACACUUGUAUGCAGCUUGUUUCAAAACCCCAGCAGUUUGAUGUGGUGGUUAUGCCCAACUUAUAUGGCAAUGUUGUUUCAAACAUUAUAUGUGGACUUGUUGGAGGAGCUGGAUUGAUUUCCGGUAGAAACUAUGGUGAUCACUUUGCAGUCUUUGAACCAGGUACUAGGAAUACAGGAACUGCAAUAGCUGGACGAAACAUUGCAAACCCAGUCGCUAUGUUGGUUGCAUCUUGUGACAUGUUACAACAUUUAGGUCUCCACAACCAUGCAAAUUUGAUAUUGAAUGCAAUUGAAAAGACAUUAAAUGUGGAUAUGAUUCACACUCAAGGUUAAUUGGGUGGCCAGGCAACAAGCCUGGAUAUCAUACAAAAUAUAAUCAAGUCUAUCCAAGAGAGCACAGCAUCGGGCAAGUGGUAA